AUGGAACUAAGCAAUAGAUAUCAUAUUGUUGAUCAUCCUUUAAUUGAUGAUCCUAUGUUAGAUGAAGGAUAUAAAAGGUAAAUGAAUGAUUUAAAUAAAAAUUAGAAAAUUUGGAAGUUAUAAACCAAAAUUUCAUGGAUCUCUUCCAGGAUAUUAUCCCUUUGAGUUCAAAGAUUACAUUUAUGUAUUACUAUUCACACUUUUAACUUGUGGAGUAUGCAUCCCUAUUUGGUAUGGUCUUGUUGAAGUAGGUAAUUAUAAUAGUUCUAUAAAUAGCUAAGACUAAUUCAAAGUAAUUUAGUAUAAUAAGUGCUGUGAGUUUUUUUGGCUUUUAUUUUAUUCAAACCUUAGCCACUUAUUAUGGAGGAAGAUUAAAGAAGGUUGUUGAGAAUAAAAUGAUUUAAGAUAAGUUGAUAGAGAUGGAAAAAAAAGAAGCUGAAAAAUAGAAAUUAUUGGCAGCUAUUUGA